UGACCACAAAUCAAAUGAGGGUUUUCCUCAUCAUCUUCUACCCCACAACUCAAGCACCAUUUUCUUCCUCACACUCACACGCACACUUUAUCUUCUGAUCCCAUUCUCUCUCUUUCUCUGUUUCGCUCAACUGAUCGAGUUUGAUGAUGGAUACUGUUCUCUCAAAUUCAACAUUAUUUCCAAGACCACUCCUUCCUGUUAGAACGGUUACCUCAACAAUAACCUUGAAUUCAACAACCACUUAUUUCUUCAAGAAGCUCCAAAAAAGAAGAGUAGUUAGGUUCCGUAAAAAUCCUUGUGCUGACACAGUAGGUGUUGCUGUUGGUAAUAAUAAGUCAUCAACAAUAAUUACUUGUGGUGGUGGUAUUAGGGAGAUAAAGGAGAAGGAGUUCUCGGACGCGGUGUUGAAGUCAGACCGUCUUGUUCUUGUGGAGUUCGUUGCCAAUUGGUGCGGUCCCUGCCGCUUAAUCUCCCCGGCUAUCGAAUCAAUUGCCCAGGAAUACGGAGACAGAUUGAGGGUUGUAAAAAUAGAUCAUGAUACAAAUCCAGGGCUAAUUGAAGAGUACAAAGUUUAUGGAUUGCCAACUUUGAUCCUCUUCAAGAAUGGGGAGGAAGUUCCAGAAAGCAGGAGGGAAGGUGCAAUUACGAAAGUGAAGCUUAAGGAAUAUGUGGAUGCUUUGUUGGAGUCAGUAUCAGUUGCAUAGUUUUGCCUACCUUAUCUUUCUACCUGUAAUUUUAUAAUUUGCUAUAAUACUUUGUAAGUAAACAGGGUUUGUAAUUUGUAUAUCCUGUUGAGUUGAGCAACCGUACUUGAUCAUCACACACAAUUUUCUCCAUGGUAACUUGGGUAUGGUUAUGUACAAAUGAUUAAUCCUUUCGAGCAUCCAA